CCCUCAGCUAGCUAAACACACACAGCAGCCGAGGCAGAGAGAACAGAGCAGAGAGAUGAGAGCUGUCACUACACGAAACAAGCCAGUCCUCCUUCGCAUAACUCCACGAAUAAAAAGCAAGGCGCAGCAAUCCUUUAAGCAACUGUAGGUUUUUUUCUUCACAGAGACGAAUAGACCCCCUUUUGGUUCCGUUUACCUUCAAUACCGUCUAUCCAAACAAACACCUGCUUGAGGAGUUCUUUAUGCUCGGAUAAGCCACUUCACCAAGGGACUAUAAUUCCUAUGAUAAUAAUGCUUCCUAGCCCUGUUAUUUCUGCCUCCACCACGCCGUUCUCAGUCAAGGACAUACUGAAGUUGGAGCUUCAGCAGCAUGCUCAACAACAGCGACUUGCCUCACACCUUGGGCCGCCCCAUGAGAGCUCUCACACGGGUCCACAGCAGCACCCUUACACCCUCCAGUCGCCCCCGUCUUGUAUGCUGGCCGGCAGGGACAGCCCCAGCCCCGGGCUCUCGGAAGAAGAGGAGAGGAUGGCCUACCUGAGUAGUCUGACGGUUCAGGAGCGGCUGAUGGAGACGGGUCUAGCCGGGGAGAGAUUCAUUUCCCCGGGGCUGCAGGGACAUUCAGCCGACACCAGCCUGGAGGUUGAGCAAGAGGACAUAGACGCCAAAUCUUGUGGUGCAAUGGGGGUGAGGGCCUGUGAGGAGUCCCCGCAGGCACACUCGGACUUGGAGAGACUCCCAAAACAGCAGAGGACCCGGCGGAAACCGCGCGUGCUCUUCUCCCAGGCGCAGGUGUUCGAGCUUGAGCGGCGCUUCAAGCAGCAGCGUUACCUAUCCGCCCCCGAGAGGGAGCACCUGGCGAACACUCUGAAACUGACCUCCACACAGGUCAAAAUCUGGUUCCAGAACAGGAGGUAUAAGUGUAAACGGCAGCGGCAGGACAAGACCCUAGAAAUGGCCGGACACCCUCACCACCUUGCCCCACCUAGGAGAGUGGCAGUCCCGGUGCUGGUGCGGGAUGGGAAGCCCUGCCUGGCUGGAUCUCAGAACUAUAAUACAUCCUACGGUGUUGGAGCGGCCAGCCCCUAUAGUUAUAACGGCUACCCGGCUUAUUCUUACCAUAAUCCAGUGUAUACUAACACAUACUCAUGCACGUACUCUAGCCUGCCUGCUCUAGCACCCAACUCUACUGCUAACGCUUUUAUGAAUAUGGGUCUGGCGAACCUGGGCGCGUCGCAAUCUCAGGCCCAAACACCGCAGGGAACAGGCUGCCAAGGAACUCCGCAGGGCAUUCGGGCCUGGUAGAUGAAUGUGAUGAUCUGCUUGUUGAUUAACAGUUGAUCACGUCGAUCACUUGCCUACAGUAUUUUGAGGAUAAGGGAAAACCUGUCUGUGUCCCAUGCAGCGAAAUAGAAGGAUUUCUCAUUGAAAUAUAUUAGUUGUUUCCUCAUCAACGCGGUAAAAAUACUGUUGGAUACAGAUAUAUACUAUGGCAACAUUGCAGACGGACUAAAACGCGUGCGCAACCGUGCGUAAUAUGGCCUAAAAGCUGUUGGGUGCUUGUGAACCAAGGAUGUGAAUGGCAAACAUUGGCAAUGAUUAUAUCUGAGCUCUUUACAUCAGAAAUAUGACUUUACCAGUAGCCUACUUGGUCUUUACCAGUGAAAACAUUAUUCUUCAACAACAUAGCAGAAACUCCUUAAAUAAAAGAUCGAACAUG